AUGGCUGUCAAUCUCUGUAAUGAGGCCAUACUCACCAAAAUAGACAAGCUAAGAGGGCUCAACAUCGGAUCCAUCGUCCCUCUACCACAGCUUGUUGUCGUUGGCGAUCAAUCAUCUGGGAAAAGCUCUGUGCUUGAGAGCCUGACUGGCUUCAACUUUCCACGAGCUGCUGGGCUCUGCACGCGCUAUGCGACACAGAUCACCUGCCACCGAGCGUCGGACAAGAGCGUUGCCAUUUCAAUAAUCCCCCGGCCCCACGCUGAUGAGAAUCUGAAAACGCGGCUUCGCAAUUUCGGAUGCCGAUUUGAUGCAGAACUUGACCAGGAAAGAUUUGCUCAGACUUUUCGAGAGGCCGACCUCGCAAUGGGCAUUCGUAAGAAUGCGGGAGACAAUGGAAAUGACCUAAUUACUUUUAGCGAGGAUAUUCUUAAAAUUGAAAUAUGCGGGCCUGAUCAAAACCAUCUGACAGUCAUCGAUGUUCCCGGGAUUUUCCGCGUUCCAACACCAGGUGAUCCACUUCGCAUGCUUCCUAGCCAAGAACAACCAACUAAUUUUCACCGUAGCAUUCUUGCGGUCUUGCCGUGCAAUGUAGACAUACAGACACAGGAGGUUAUCAAGCUUGCCAAAACGGCCGACCCACAGGGAACUAGAACCAUGGGUGUUUUAACCAAGCCGGACCUCGCUUCUGAGAAGACCACUCAGGAGGCCGUCAUUGAACUGGUCAAUGGAAAGCACGACUUCUUGAAGCUCGGCUACUUUAUCGUCAAGAACCGAGGUGCAGAUGACAACUUAUCCACAAUUUCAGCACGUCUGGAAGAGGAAAAGUCUUUUUUCAUGGACCCUGCUUGGACGACCGUUCAUGAUCGAUGUGGAACAGACUCCUUGAGAGCCUGCCUGCGAGAGCUUCUCAUGGAUAUUUCCCAAGACGAAUUUCCUCAAAGGAUGGGACCCUCGAGAGCUGAUCACACAUCACAAAGGCUGUACUUGAGCAAAUUGGCAACACAAUUCCAGAUCAUUACCCUGUCAGCUCUAGAAGGACACUACAUGAGGGACGAGAUACUCAGAAAAGAGCCGAAUCUCAAGUUGGCGACGAGAAUGGUGAAACUGAACGAGAGUUUUGCCAGCAUCUUCUGGCAGAAGGGUCAUAAGCGUGCUUUUGGCCCGGAACAGGAGGACGAAGGAGAAAGCUCGCUCAGCCGCAACAUCGACGACUUCUACCUCAAAUUUCCUCUGCAGAAGUACCGCGAGCUUUCCCACAUAAUCAAAGUCAACGAAGACGACUGUCCCGAGCCAAAAUCGUCGGAACAAUCAAUAAUUGAUCAUAUCGAGCACGUGUAUGAGUCAAAUCGGGGACCCGAGCUCGGAACAGUAAGUAUUUGUGGCCUGAACGUUGAUGUCUGA